GUGGGCGGUGCUACUAGCGGGAGGAGUAAAGAUGGCGGCGCGGGGGCCUCCGCCUUCAUUCCCCGGCUGAAGCCCUCCGAGGGAGGCGGCAGUGGCCACACAGGGCAACCAACAGUCUUGUGGUGGUACUUUUGGCAGCAGCUGCGGAAGCUCGAGCAAUGGCGGAGCUGGAGCACCUGGGAGGGAAGCGAGCAGAGUCGGCGCGAGCGCGGCGGGCUGAGCAGCUGCGGCGCUGGCGGGGCUCGCUGACCGAGCAGGAGCCCGCGGAGCGACAGGGCGCGGGGCGCCAGCUGCAGACCAGACGCGGGAGCCCCAGGGUCCGCUUCGAGGACGGUGCGGUCUUUCUAGCUGCCUGCUCCAGCGGGGACACGGACGAGGUGAAAAAGCUUCUGGCAAGAGGUGCGGACAUCAACACGGUCAACGUGGAUGGCUUGACAGCCCUGCACCAGGCCUGUAUUGAUGAAAAUUUGGACAUGGUGAAGUUUCUGGUGGAGAACAGAGCCAAUGUAAACCAGCAGGACAACGAGGGCUGGACACCCCUGCAUGCAGCAGCUUCCUGUGGUUAUCUCAACAUAGCAGAGUAUUUUAUUAGCCAUGGAGCCAGUGUGGGUGUUGUGAACAGUGAAGGUGAAGUUCCUUCUGACCUUGCAGAGGAGCCAGCCAUGAAAGACCUUCUUCUGGAACAAGUAAAGAAACAAGGCGUUGAUCUAGAGCAGUCAAGGAAGGAGGAAGAACAGCAGAUGUUGCAGGACGCCCGCCAGUGGCUCAACAGCGGAAGAAUAGAAGAUGUGAGGCAGGCUCGCUCAGGGGCCACUGCCCUGCAUGUAGCUGCUGCCAAGGGUUACUCUGAAGUCCUCAGGCUUCUCAUUCAGGCUGGCUAUGAACUCAAUGUUCAGGAUCAUGACGGCUGGACUCCUCUUCAUGCAGCUGCACACUGGGGAGUGAAAGAGGCUUGCUCCAUCCUGGCAGAAGCACUCUGUGACAUGGAUAUCCGGAACAAACUGGGCCAGACGCCAUUUGACGUGGCUGACGAAGGUCUUGUGGAGCACUUGGAGAUGCUUCAGAAGAAGCAAGAUGUGCUUCGAAGUGAAAAGGAGACCCGGAAUAAGCUCAUCGAGUCAGACCUGAAUAGCAAGUUUCAGAGUGGACUCUUUAAGAACAAAGAGAAGAUGCUUUAUGAAGAAGAGAUCCCCAAGUCCCAAGACACAGAGGGAGAAAGCAAAGAGUCCAGCAGCUCCAGCUCAGAGGAGGAGGAAGGGGAAGAUGAAGUUUCUGAAUCAGAGACUGAGAAGGAGGCAGAUAAAAAGCCAGAAGCCACUGUCAACCAUUCCAACUCUGAAAUCAAGAGUCGGAUCAUGGAGCAGAUCCCAGCCCCAGCUCAGAACACCUUCUCUGCCUCUUCAGCUAGGAGACUGUCCAGUCUUUUCAACAAGGCGGAAGAGCCUAAAGAUGAAUCUCCUUCCUCAUGGAGACUGGGGCUCAGGAAAACUGGCAGCCACAAUAUGCUGAGCGAAGUGGCCAAUCCCAGGGAGGCCCUGAGGGAUCGAGGCUCUUCCAUCUACCGUUCCUCCUCAAGCCCUCGGAUCUCUGCUUUGCUGGACGACAAAGAUAAGGAAAGAGAAAACAAAAGCUAUUUCAGUAUGCUAGUACCCCGGAGGCUCAGCAGCACAAGUGACAUUGAAGAAAAGGAGAACAGAGAGUCAGCUGUUAAUCUAGUAAGGAGUGGCUCCCACACCAGGCAGCUGUGGAGGGAUGAAGCAAAGGGAAGUGAAACCCCACAGACAAUUGCUCCUUCCACUUACACGUCAACUUACUUGAAAAGUGCUUCAUUUGGUAAAAGUAGUGACCCCACAAGUCCCUACAUUUCAGCCAAUCGCAAUUCAUCUCCUGCUACCUCACCCAUUACCAUUGGUUCAUCAACCUCUCGGGGCAGCCAGUGGCAACCUGCCUCUUCUUGCCCUGCACCAGUCAGUACAAACACUCCUGCACCUGUGCAGCACGUCAGGACUCCUUACAAGUCUCAGGCUGACUCAACAGCAGAGAAAACAGCAGACAGUGUCUCCUCCAGCACCCCACUGUGUGUGAUCACCAACCGUCCUGCGCCAAGCACUGCCAAUGGGGUUCCAGCUGCCACAGUGUUCUCCUCCACUGGAACAGACCCCUCUGUGGAAGCCCGGGAGAAGAGGAGGUCUUAUCUGACUCCUGUACGGGAUGAGGAGGCAGAGUCAUUACGGAAAGCGCGCUCCAGACAAGCUCGGCAGACACGAAGGUCUACUCAAGGUGUUACCCUAACAGACCUCCAAGAAGCAGAAAAGACUUUCAGCCGUUCGAGGGCGGAGAGACAAGCUCAGGAGCAGCCUGGUGAGAAGCUUGAAGAUCCUGGUGGCCUUGAAGGAAGCACCAAGAAGCAGGAGCCAUCAGCAGCCCCAACAAAGGGAGCUGGUGAGGGCAGAAGUCUGGAGGAAGAGCCUAUCUAUCAUCGCCUAAGGUAUCCAACUCAACCAGACAAACCCACGACACCAGUUUCUCCUUCUGCAUCAAGACCCUCACUAUACACUGGUUCUCAUCUACUGCGCACAAGUAGAGCUUCAGUCCCUGAUUCUGAGAAUUCAGAGACUACCACACACGCCACAGCGGCAAAGGAAAUGGACACCAGUGAGAAAGAAGAAGCUGAUCUGGAUGAUCAGUCCUCUAACAGGCUGUCUGUCCGGGAGAGGAGAAGAGCUAAAGAUAGGCGAAGAGGCACGGGCAUUAACUUCUGGACAAAUGACGAAGAUGAAACAGAUGUCUCUGAAGAGGUCAAAGAAGCAUUGCAUGAAAGACUUUCUAGGUUGGAGUCAGGAGGCACCAAUCCGACCAGCAGCGAUUCUUACAGUGACCGUGCCUCAGCAAGAGCCCGUCGGGAGGCCAGGGAGGCUCGUCUAGCCAGCCUGACCAGCCGGGUAGAAGAGGACAGCAACAGGGAUUAUAAAAAACUCUACGAGAGUGCCCUGACCGAAAACCAAAAGCUGAAAACAAAGCUUCAGGAGGCCCAGCUAGAGCUUGCCGAUAUAAAAGCCAAGCUUGAGAAGAUGGCCCAGCAGAAACAAGAGAAGACCUCUGACCGGUCCUCGGUGCUGGAGGUGGAGAAGCGGGAGAGGCGAGCACUGGAACGGAAAAUGUCGGAAAUGGAAGAAGAGAUGAAGGUGUUAACAGAACUGAAAUCCGACAAUCAGAGGCUGAAAGAUGAAAAUGGCGCCCUCAUCCGAGUCAUCAGCAAACUGUCCAAAUAGCUGAAGUCAGGUCUGGGAGGAGGGCACAGCAUUCGCUGCCCACCCUGUGUUUCCAGCUAUGGCCUUCUGGCCAAAAGACAUGAAUGUUUUGGGAGGAGGGCCCCUCCCUGUGGCCCUCGUCAGUCACCUCCUCUGCACUGUCCAUUGUCUCUGCACUCUCCAUGCCCCAUUGCCCCCGCACCUCUAUCCCAAGUUUUACGACAGUUUUAACUGAAGCAUGAUUGUGACCAUUUCAAGCAAUCUGGAGAAAGCUUUGUGGGGCACACCAAGCUCAGCUGUGACCUCCCAACUUUCUGCUGCUUUGUCCACAUUGGGUUUGGUCCAGAUAUGUAAGGCUUUGACCCAUAGCCUUUACACUGACCCACUGUUCUUUAUAUAGGUGAGCCUUGUGGUGGCCACUCUGGAAUCCUAUCUAGGGUGCCAAGAGAAAGGGUGGAGUGUGGAGUUGCUCUCUGGACUGCCUCUGGAGCUGUCUGCUUAGAGUCCAAGGUGACCGUGGCUCUGUGCUGAGGUGGUUUCUCACCUCUCAGGAACUGACUUGUUUUUACUUUUCUAUCAGUAACCUAGGAACAUCACUGAGUAGUCUUAACCUCACUCCUCCCUCUCCGCAAGGCCAAGGCAGCCUUGGACUCUCUCGCUCCUUUUCUUUCUGUGCUUUGGUGAUUUCUCCUUCCACCCUGAUAGUGUAAAAGCCGAAGCCGAGCUCCCAGCCUCAGCUGUCUGGAAACUCGUCCCUCUGCUGCCUCGGUGCCGUGACCCUGUCCCUGCGAAGCUAGAGGAUGGCUUAAGGGUCAGCCUGUUGUUCUUAUCUCCCAUGUGUCUGCUUACAAAGUGAUUUUCUGUACUCUCCAAGUUGUACAAGUAGUAUGCAUCUAUAAUCCCAGCACUUGGGAAGCUGAGGCAGGAGGAUCAAGAGUUUGAGGCCAGCUACAUAGCAAGACCCUCUCUCCAGAAAGAGGAGGCCUGGGUGUUGAGUGUUCCAGUUUGCCUUGCUCCCCUUCUCCACUCAGGCCCCUGCUCCUAAUGAGAAGCGGAGUUGCUGCAAGGAGGUCUGGGGAGAGCCGGGGCGGAAGCUAGACUAGGGGAUGGAAGCAGGCCAGAGACGUGAGAGCAUCAGAGGACACUUGGAACACUGCGGUGACACUGCCUGGGUGGUGGGGACUGCUUUGUGGUGGCCACAUCCAGGGGAGAGGUCCCUUCCUAGACGCCAACAGGAUCAGUGACUGCUGGGUAGAGACUGCAGAUGAGGAAGAGUACUUGUGGACUCUCAGGAGUGGCUAGCCCCGUAGACCCUCUGGCCCAGUGUCCCUGUACCUCCCCGCUGCCAUAACUCUGACCAUAGCUCUCAGUGGUCAGCCACUGAGAGCUAUGCAUGUCUUACUUGAACUUCAGGCACCUCUAUUACAUUUUUUACUAAUAGAAGCUGGGGUCUGCUGCUUCCUGCCAGGAUAGCACACGAGGUGUGGGUGUAGUGGUCUCUACUUGCCUAGUCCCUGAGACCCUCCUCAGAUGUUGUGAUUUUGAUGCCUGUCACAUCUGGACUACCAUCCUCUAGAGUCUAGGCAAGCAGCCCUCUAGCUUAUCAUGCCUCAGCGUAUAUAGAAUACGCCGUAGUUCUAGCACACAGUUAAACUGCUAGCUCUUGUCGACAUACCAGUGCUGAUGGGUAUAAUGUGGCAUUUUGUCCUUUGGUUCACAUUAAAGGACACAUCCUUUAAUGCCUCAUUGUUUGAGGGUUGCUAGUGAUGUGGACCAUUCUAACACUACCUCUGUUAGUUUUUCAUGAGGACACCACUGUCCUUUUUGGUGGCCCUUGCAAACUUCGUGUGCUCUUAAACAGAACUUGUAAUUCAGGGUCCCUAGUACAGAAUGGGAACAGUAUCUCCUCUGGUACUUUCAGCACAUGUAAGAUUCUCUCUCUGCCACUUCACCCAUUCCUCUGAGGAGCCUUGUGUUGGCCUGCUCUCCUCUUGUGGCGCACUGAGCCACGGUGAGAAAGACCGGUCUUCUGCUAUAGGAAGCACUCCCUUCUUGCUAGAUGUCGACAAGAUGCCAACCAGUUCUCAUAGCGCGGAUUGUAUUUUGGGAAGGAGGGGACUGCUGCCUCAUUCUUGGGGAAAGAAAACGGGCUCGUAGGAAAACAGAGCCUCCUCCUUCACAGGUCUGGGGAAGGCAUUCGGAGUCGCACGCCCUUAGGCCUUCGGAAGCGUAGGGAAGGCCUUCGGAAGCGCAAGGGAAGGUUCUAAAAACCUCACAAACCGGCAUUAUACCUGCCGUUGUAUGUGGCCUUCAUGUUUAAGAUGCCACCUCUUACCGGGAAGGUUUCCUUGUGAUAAGCUAUUGGCAAGCUUUUUAGCCUCGGCAGUACUAGCCUCUGUGGCCAAGAGCCCAUCAGAGCACACACGGUCCCAAGCCAUUCCUGGCACUUCUUUCAGGCCACUAACCUUAUUAGAAGCAUUGUGAAUGUGGUCUCUUCCAGAGAAGAGAACUCCACUUCUUCAAAAUCAGACUGACUGAAAGCCCCCAUGAAAGACAUGGCCUCCUGAGGCCAGCUGUUGUGUGUAUUCAGUCUCCCUUUCCCGUGUUGCUUGGUCGACCUCCCCAGUGGCCACCAGCCUCACCUGCUGGCUUCUCGGGAGUAAUCUCGUGGCUGGAGCUUACUGUCCCACUGCAGGCAGGCAGGCAGGAAGGACUCAGCCUUGUCACACCAGUCUUCAUGGGAAAUUAAGACAGUGACAAGGUUUUCAUUCAUUUGAUAGCCUUUAAUACCCAUGCCCCCUUUGAGGGUAACGACUGGUCAGUCCAGAGAGCCUCUGGCUGGAGUUUGCCUGCUUGCCUUUCAGGGUUUUAGAGCCUUUCCAGACAGUUCUUGGAAGUGCCAAUCCCCAGCUCCAUCCCUGUCUCUAGGGGAAGAGCUGUGCACAUCCAAGGGCGUUGCCUCUGAAGACUGAAGAAUAGCUCUGUCUUAGAGCCGCACCUCCUUGCGUCUGCCUAGCAGUGGGAUGUGUCCUCACCCUGCUUGCCAAGCCUCAGCCCCUGAGAUGCAAGGAUUGCUCAGGGGGGUUGCUGGCAGCUUCCACUCAGGAGAGUACAGGAACCAGAGUGAAGGGCCUCUCCAAGCCAUGCCCCUGUGGGGCUCUGCUCUCUGGCCCCUCUGCAGCCUUUGCUAGCAGAGACAGCUCUGACCAUUGUUUGCACGCCUUUUCAGCAGAGGGCCCUGUCCACAUCCAUGCCCAAGGAUAGCUGCAGCUCACCUGCCAUUCUAUUCUGAAGAGAAGUGCAAAGCCUCAAACAAUAUAGACUCCCUCAACCCCGGAAGUGAGGCAGCUUUGAGGCCAGAGUACUUUAAAGUCCUCUUGGCUUAAAAUUCUGUGAUUUAUUCAAAGAUGAGGACUUUUUUACACUUAGAUUUCUGCUUCAAAAAUUGCUUAACUUUGAAUUUUCAGGAUCAGUCUUGCUUUUUUCCCAAAUUCAGGCUAAGACUGGCCUGUCAGGGUCGACCUCCCCUCUGUGUUAGAAAGUGAAUUUAACAUUGAAAGCGAUUGAGUAGUGAUGUGAUUGCUUUCCCUCCUGGUGGUUAUGUAAAAAUAUUACCAAGCUGGUGGAGAUCGGAGCUGCUGGGAAGCCUAGACCCGUACAGUGUGCAUCCUAGGAAACCGGCUGCUGCUGCUGCUGCUGGGUUUGCUCAGUCUCAGACUCUCUGCUUGACACCAACUCAUUUCUAGUCUGGAGCUCUGUCCUGAGCAGCAGGAGAGCCUUCCUCAGGCUGCUGUGGGAGGUGCUCUUCCCAGGAGACACCAUGGCCACAGCACAGAUGCGUACAGUUGGGGAUUGGAUGUGAGGAAAGGGACAAACCCUGGGACUGGGUGCCUGCAUGCUUUAGUGGGUAAAAGGCAGAGGAAGGUGUGUGCAUGUGGAACAGGGUGGGGGUCGGAGCCUGGGAGAAAGGAAGCCAGGCUUCUGCACCUGCAAGUGUGUUCUGUCUCACUGAGUUCGUCCCUCAGCUCCAGCUGAGCGAGAUUUUAAUCAGCUCCUCUAAUGGGUAUUGACACUGCUCGGAGCAGUCGACUCUGUCAGGGACAACUAUUGAUUGCUUGUGUUCUGAUUAGAUUGGAAAAAUAGAUCAACUUCAUUAUAGCCCAGAAGCUGUCACUGUCACAGCUACAAAGGGAUGAAGUGGUCUCUGAGGGCUGAGGAGAAUCAGUUGGCCUCCUGACAAGCCAGAGAGUAGGUGAAAGUCGUGGCCACGUCUCUGUGAGAGCUGUGGUUAAGGGUCACAUAUCUCCUGCGGUGCCUGGUGACUCAGCGCCUGGGUGCCCAGGUCUGGCAUUUCCUGACUAGAAUGGGGAUGUACAGUUUGUCCCAGUGUGCUCUGUCUCUUGCUCCUCAUCGCCCUCCCCGUUUCCCAAAGCACUUCUCCCAUCCAAAUUGGGAAUCUGCCAGAACGACAUUUUGUUAUUUUGCCUCUAAAUUUUCCCCUAAUGUUUCCAAUAAAAUUUUGCUUGGGUGGCCCCUUAAGGUGUCACCAAGAUGCUAACCGAGGCCCCUCCAAAAUAAGCACACCCCCCCUCCUUCCCUCUCAGCUCCCUCCACAUGCCUAUGGCCUUGCUUUUCUACACUUGGACUUGAUGGUGCUCGAGGGAAGAGGUUUUCCAUUAAUUAGCCAAGAGUCCUUGAGGAUUUUCAAAUGCCAACAGCAUGUCAUACCGCCCACCACCCAUGGCUACCCCCAUCUACUGUCGAAACUCCCUGGCUGUGCUAGCAGCCCUCAAAGACCAGGUUUGGCUUAUAGGUCAGCACGACCCCUCUGUUUCAGGGUCAUGUCUGCUCAUUCUAUCUUUUCUGAAAGAUGUGACUGGUACCGGCUGAAAGCAGAAGUGUUUCCUCAGCACAGGCUAGACGAGUUUGUUUGCAUAGUGACAGCCACUCAGCCAAGCAGGAGAGAAGAUCUACAAAAGGCCCAACCAUGAGGAGUGAGAAGAGCCUCUGACAUGCUCUUGAACCCAGAGUGGGCAUCAGAGCUGGGAUCCUGAACAAGGGAUACCCAGGCUGGCACCAGCUCGACUCUCUCCAGAAUGCAUGUGUCUGUGCUGUUCUCCACCCUGCUCUCCUGAGAACUUGAGCAGAAGGUACCCAGCCUAUCCUAGGAUGGGGGAGACUAUGUGAAAGCAGUUGUAGGUAAAGGUACCAGAAGGCACAGGGUACAGGGAGAAGAUUCGGAGAGGAUGCACCCGUCCAACAUGGCCACCUUUCUAGUCAGCAUCCCUUGAGCCCUUGGCAGCUCAGCCCUCCUCCUGGCUGGUACCUUUCCCUCUGCAGGGUCAGUGGUUCAGACCCAGCUUUGGCUUUACGUUUUCUUCCAGGCACAUGUGCUCCGCUCCAAUCCUGGUCACCACUUCAGCACUAGCAUUUUGUAUUUCCUCUCUCUACCCUUCACCCAUGCUUGCUGCACCGAGUGGAGCUGUUCGCCAGCCAGAGUUGUGUGGAUUAACCUCAGUCAACUGUAAAUACACCUGGAGGAGGCUCCCGAGGGUGGGGAGCCAGGCUGCCUUCCUGAACUGAAUGUAUUUUUAUGCAAUUUUGAGUGGCCUUUUCAACCCUGAAAUGGAUGGAUUUGUUUUACUGACUGUUGUUAUAUAGUAUUAAGUAUUCUGUGUUUGAAAGUUUGGGAAUAAUAUUCACAUCUAUAAGAUGCCUGUAAACACAGCAGUAUUUAUAAAUGAGUAAAUAAAACUGUGUUUUACCUUUGUGCCAUGAGAUAGAACCUCCCAUUCACCAGGCAGCCCAACUGCAAAGUCUCUGCCAUAGGCAACCACAAGUCUGCGGUCACCACUUCCCCUCCCCGGGGAAGGGCUCUUAGAGCACCAGAACAACCCUGAGAA